CGUGUUUGACAGCUUAAAUCCGAUUGGUCGCUGCUGUUUGAAGCCUUGGAGAUGAUGUUCAUGGCUACCUGAUUGUAUUUUUAAUAUAAUGGAGUUAGAUGUGAAUAUGGAUGCAGAACACAAGGACUGUUUCAGAUCUACGAGACAUUAAUGAAAGGGACAUAGGCACAUGUGACCCUUGUACUGCGAGAUGUGACAGGAUGCUGAACCAUCACUGCAGAAGGAACCCGGAGUUACAGGAGGAGCUGCAGAUCCAGGCAGCGGUGGCGGCUGGUGAUGUCUACACUGUCCGUAAGAUGCUGGAGCAGGGAUACUCGCCCAAGAUCAGAGAUGCCAACGGCUGGACGUUGCUGCACUUCUCAGCAGCAAAGGGAAAGGAGCGCUGUGUGCGCGUUUUCCUCGAACAUGGAGCUGAUCCCACAGUGAAGGAUUUCAUCGGAGGCUUCACUGCCCUACAUUACGCUGCCAUGCACGGCCGUGCCCGCAUCGCUCGCCUAAUGCUGGAAUCGGAGUAUCGCAGCGACAUCAUCAACGCCAAGAGCAAUGACGGCUGGACUCCUCUACACGUGGCAGCUCAUUACGGCCGUGAUUCCUUUGUGCGUCUCCUACUAGAGUUCAAAGCUGAGGUGGACCCGCUCAGCGAUAAAGGCACGACGCCACUUCAGCUCGCGAUCAUCCGCGAACGAUCCAGCUGCGUGCGAAUUCUGCUCGAUCACAACGCCAACAUAGACAUUCAGAACGGCUUCUUGUUGCGUUACGCCGUCAUUAAAGGCAACCAUUCGUACUGUCGUAUGUUCCUGCAGCGUGGAGCAGACACUAACCUGGGCCGACUGGAGGAUGGACAGACACCCUUGCACCUGUCGGCCCUUAGAGACGAUGUGCUGUGCGCGCAGAUGCUGUACACGUACGGAGCCGAUACAAACACGCGCAACUACGAGGGCCAGACCCCUGUGGCCGUUUCAGUCAGCAUGUCUGGCCUCAGUCGGCCCUGUCUGGACUUCCUGCAAGAGGUUACAAGGCAACCCAGGACUUUGCAAGAUCUGUGCAGGAUAAAGAUCCGUCAGUGUAUCGGCCUUCAGAGCUUAAAAUUUCUGGAAGAUCUCCCCAUUGCCAAGGUCAUGAAGGACUACCUGAAACACAAGUUCGACAAUGUUUGACAGAGGCCCACAUUCACUGAGCGAUCCUUUAGGUUCCCUAAGACUAUGCAAACUCAUUUCUUUUUCUACUUGAAACCUCUGAAAGCAAGUGCACAGUUUUGUACAAUUGUGUCGGUACAGAGUGAAAAUGCAUAUUUACGGAGUAAUGACUGUGAAACUGGAGCACUGUACGGCCAAGUUGAUGUGUUACUCGUAUGCUUGGUUUGUGAACCAUGGGGGCAUGCCGGGUGAAAUUUCGUAACCAUGUGAGAGAUACAUUUAGGGGAAAUUAUGAAGUUUGAUAAGUACCAAAUAUCUUUUUUUUUAUUAAGAAGGCCUUUGUAAGGAUUUAAACUUUCUAUUGUCUAAAAUCUCAGACAAGGAAAAGAUGAAUCCCUUCAUGUCGCCCCAUUUUAUAGUAAUAAAAAAUGCAUGCAGUGACCGUAUAUUUUUUGCUCCUGAGAAAUAAUUUGAAGUCUUUUUGUCAAUCAGGUUAUAAACAUUAUAAUAGCUGUUAAGAAUUCAAUUCAGUUUGUAUUUUUUUUAUCAUAGCAAAAGCAAGUUGUCCUCAUGUUUAAAAAUGGUUUAUUUUCAUUUAAAUCAGUUUAAUUUUAUAAUUCAACCAUGAAUCCGAGCCAGAUUUAUUUUCUUCAGUGUCAAAGGUGCUUGGCUUAAGUUUUUCAUUUAAAGGUAUAGGAAAAGGUAUAGUCAUGACACGUUUAUAUAGGUGAACAUGUAUACACUCAUUAACAAAGAUUAUGUAAAUAAAUGCGUAUGUACAGCAGAUAUUUUUAGACUAUUUAAGCCACAAGCUUGUGUUAUCAAAAUGUUUAGAAAUUUUGUUAAGUGAUUCUGUGUUUUUCAUGUGACCUGUCAAGGGCUUUGAUGUGAGAACGUUUGAACCUGUAAUUAAAAGAUUGACAGAAUCAUUUACGUUAUUUUUGAUGCUUAAUUUAAAAUGAAUUGGCCGUAGCUUUUGGUUUAUGCUUCUAAAAACAAUCUUCAGUAUCAAAUACUUUUUUCCAGUUUUUCCUAAUCUAGCAUAACUAAAUGCACUUCAUUUAAACAAAUAAAAACAUUUGUUACGCCCUCUUGUAACGUCUGCAUAGCAUUAAGUUGGCACUUGCGAUCAUUUCAUUCCAUUAAAACAUCAAUCAAGGUGAAAAAGAGUUUUGGAAACUAAUGUUGACCACUUUUAAAAAUGUUAGCCUGAGUACUCUAAACAUACUUUUUCACUAUUAAUCUAGUAUUUUUUUCAAGCCAGGUCUAACACUAGCUGCCUUUAUUUUCAUUCACGCAGUAGAGCUCCGGCAUUUCACCACAUCAUAAUAAACACGCUUCAAGUGCAUUAAAUCCACCUGCCACAACAUUAUGUUAUUUGUGUCUCUGUGUGCAGUUUUUCUUUUUUACUACAGUUGCAUUGUUGUUGGUAUGACUUUGCUGUAUGUGUUUGUCUGACUGAAACAAUCUCUGAAUGAGUGCUUGUUACCGUAACGUAUUGAACUUCAGAACAGGCUUCGGGUGAUGUAUUUCAUACCACAGGGAUUGCUUGAGCUUUCUGAGUUGUCUUUAAUAAUCGGAGGUCUUCCAAAACUUCAACUACUGAAUGUAUAUAAUCUGCUGUUGGCCGAUUUUCAAGUGUACAGUUGUGUGAAUAAAUGGAUCUCAUAAUGUCCUCAUUUGUUAAUUUUUGAAGCAGUAAUUGUGCCGUGCCCAUGGAUUUGCAUUUUUUUUUCAAAAGUUUGAUGAUUUCGUAAUAAAAUGUCUGAUAAACGCA